UUACAGUUCAAACAUCCGACCGCCAGGGGGAAGCAGAGGCAGAGCGGCGAGGAGGGGACGUCGGACAGUGCAGGAAGUGACGUAUGGUAGCGCGUCCCUGCCUGUAGUGUCUGCAAGAGUGGCUGGUGGGUCCUCAGCUCAACAUGAAUCCCCUAACAAAGGUGAAGUUGAUCAAUGAGUUGAACGAGAGGGAGCACCAGCUCGGGGUGAAAGAGUCAGUGUCAUGGCAUACGGAGUACAAGGACAGCGCCUGGGUGUUCGUUGGCGGGUUUCCAUACGAACUGACAGAGGGAGACGUCAUCUGUGUAUUUUCUCAGUACGGAGAGAUAGUUAAUAUCAACCUGGUUCGGGACAAAAAGACAGGCAAAUCCAAGGGCUUCUGCUUCAUCUGCUUUGAGGACCAGCGGAGCACCAUCCUCGCUGUGGACAACCUCAACGGGAUCAAGAUCAAAGGCCGGACGAUCCGCGUGGACCACGUGAGUAACUACAAGCCGCCCAAGGACACGGAGGACAUCGACGACAUCACCAAGAACCUGAGGGACGAGGGCUGUGCCCCAAAGCUACCCGACCAGCUGUCGUCAGAGGAGGAGUCAGAGGAGGAAGAGGAGGAGGAGGAGGAGCAGUAUGCGGUCGCUGUGAAGAAGAGCAAGAAAGACAAGAAACAGAAGAAGAAGAAGAAGAAGGAGAAAAAAAAGGAGAAGAAGGAAAAGAAAAAGGCUGUAAAGGAGGAGUAUGACGGCACUGGUGCCAGAGUCACCCACUCCUCCUCCUCCCCCCCUUCGCUCUCCCUCCCCCCGGCUGUCACCAUCAAACAGGAGAAGCAGGACGCCGGCUACGACAGCUACGUCCACAAGAGGGCGCACAGGGACAGCAAGGCAGGUGUUGCCGAGCAACGGAACUCCCGCUCUGGGGACAGGCACGGGGCCGACGACGGCGGGUUCCACGGUCGCCAUGGAGACCAGCACGUCGGGGAGUCGAGGCACCGGGAAGAAGAGGACAGGAGGAGGGAGGACGAAUGGGAGAGGGACGCCGACAGACCGAGAGAGAGGGCGAGGGAGAGAGACCGGGAGAAGGGCGCCGAGAGAGAAGGUGACGACGUGAAAUGGCACAAGGAGCGAGAGAGGGACCACAACAGAGACGGCGGGCGGGAGAGAGACAGAGAGGGGAGACAGAUGAGGGAGAGAGAGGACGAGAGGGACGGGGAGAGUGACAGAAGGAAAGAGCGAGACGUAAAGAGGGAGAGAGAGCGAGACAGGGACGUGGACAGAAAGAGGGACAGAGGGACGGACAGGGAGAGAGACCGGAGUGGCAGACGGCGGGAGUCCAGCCAGGACAGGGAACACAGGAGGUCCUGAGGCGGUGUGCGUUCUCAACACUGUUAGUGACAACACCAAUGCUUCAACACGUUAACUGUUAACCGGCUGGCUACCUUCUUGGACGCAUCUUAUGUGAGCACCUCACGUUUUUCUAGGGGGCCAAAUGAUCUAGUGACUGGUUUGAUGGGGGAGGGAGCAGGGUACGUUUUUGCUGUACCUUACUGAACCCAUUUUUUGUAUCGGUUGUGUUUAAGGCUUCAGCUAUCCAGACUUUUGGGUCAAACCCCUCAGGAACAUCCUGCAUGACUUUUUGAAUUUUGGACAAAUUAUUAUGUUUACCUUGAAUUUAAACAAUCUACUGCCUUGACCUGUACGAAGAACAGCCCUCCACAUUGUUAUCCCUGUCCAAACUGUUUCUGUGACAGGAAGUCCUCUUUUUUUAAGAAAAUAUUUGUAUUACUGGAAAUAAAAAUUACUGUUGUCUUGUAAAUAAAACAUCAUUCAACCUA